UUUUCAGAUUAGUGUGAAUCCGGGCGCUCUGACAGCAGUCGUUUGGAAUGUUAUUUUAAAGUAAACGUUUUAUUGGGGUGUGACCCAGUUAUCAUUUGGAGGUGUUUAGUGGAUUUUUAACGUUUUGUAUCCAGUGUCUACGAGUAAAGUAGUACUGUUGCUUCGUAACACGUUGUUCUUUUUAGCGUUGUCAGUAAUAGAUUAAGCCGAUAUAGAUUAUCGUGUUACGUCUUCAAAGGAGGAAAAAAAGCAGCAACCGCAAGCCGAGUGUUUGUAAGGCAAUGUGUGAGUGGACGAUUCUCUAGGAUUAUAAGAAGAAGAAGAAAACGAAGACGCGAGGGGAAGAGAGUGCCAUCGACUUAUUUUAUUCGUAAAAUUGUUAUGGAGCACAAUCAUCACCACCGGUAUGAGUCAUCUCACGGAAAGGAGUACAAGUUUUCAAAAAAGAAAGUUUUUGCUGGAGGCACUAGUCAUGCGACGGGUUCUUGGGAGGACGGAGAGAGGAAGGCCAAAUUUCACCUAAACAUCAGAACGCUGACUGAUGAUAUGUUGGACAGAUUUGCUAGCAUUAGAAUUCCUGGUAGCAAAAAGGAACGGCCAAUGUUGUCCCAGUUAAAAGUCUCACACUCUACAAGCUGUGACUGGUCAACAGUAUCUCCUGAAUUUGAGGACUUUAACUCCAGGCAGAUGUCAGAAAAAGAAAUUCUUGCUCUUUUUGAAAAAAUGAUGGAGGAUAUGAAUUUAAAUGAAGAUAAAAAAGCACCCCUUAGGGAGAAAGACCUAAACACAAAAAAGGAGAUGGUAAUUCAAUAUAUGAGCACAGCAUCAAAAAAUAGUGGCCUGAAGAGUAGCCAUCAGAUUUCCCCACAAGAAUUCAUCUGCGAGUUAAAGUCAAGUAUAACAGAAGAAAGACUCCUUGGUUGCUUAGAAUCUUUACGUGUAUCUUUGACCAGUAACCCUGUGAGCUGGGUGCAGAGCUUUGGACAUGAAGGCUUGGGCCUGCUUUUGGACACACUUGAAAAAUUACUUUACAAAAAACAUCAGGAAAAAAAUGACAGGAAAUGUCAACAUAAAGUCAUACAGUGCUUGAAGGCCUUUAUGAAUAAUAAGUAUGGGUUGGAAUGGAUUCUUGGAGAGGAGAAGAGUCUCACCCUUUUGGCCAGAGCCAUUGAUCCCCGGCAGCCUAGCAUGAUGACUGAUGUUGUUAAACUACUGUCUGCCAUAUGCAUUGUUGGGGAAGAAAAUACGCUUGAAAAGGUUCUAGAAGCGAUUACCACAGCAGGAGAGCAAAGAAACAUUAGCAGGUUUCAUUCAAUAGCUGCAGGCCUACGUGACCACUCAGUUCAACUGCAGGUAGCUUGUAUGCAGCUCAUCAAUGCUCUUGUUACUUCUCCUGAUGACUUGGACUUUCGACUUCACAUCAGAAAUGAAUUUAUGCGCUGUGGACUGAAAGAAAUAUUGCCACAUCUGAAUACAAUUAAAAAUGAGGCAUUAGACAUUCAGCUUAAAGUGUUUGAAGAGCACAAAGAGGAGGACAUGAUUGAAUUCUCACAUCGUCUUGAAGAUAUUAAAUCUGAACUGGAUGAUAUUCAAGAUGUAUUUAAUAUGGUGCUGAAUAUGGUAAAGGAUACAGAAGCUGAAGGAUAUUUUCUGUCAAUACUGCAGCACCUGAUGUUGAUUAGAAAUGAUUACUUUGUAAGACCUCAGUAUUUCAAGAUUAUAGAAGAAUGCAUUUCCCAAAUAGUAUUGCAUCGUAGUGGUACUGACCCUGAUUUUACCUAUCGCAAAAGGUUAGAAGUAGAUUUCAGUCAUCUUCUUGAUGUCUGUGUUGACAAUGCAAGAGCAGAAGAAUAUGAACAAAGAUUUUUAGAACUGGAACAGAAGGUUGAUGAAGAAUUCAUUGUUAGACAAGAGGCUCAAGUUCAGCUGGUGAAAAAAGAGGAAAAGAUUAAGGAACUUGAAGCAGAACUACAGGCAUUUAAAUCUCGGUUUGGAGCUAUCACGGUUGGUGUUUCUGCUCAUGGAUCAGCUCAAGAAAAUACCCUUCCACCAUCUUCAGGGCUACAUCAAGUUCAGCUGACUCCUCCUGGCUGUGGACCCCCUCCACCACCCCCUCCACCACCUCCUCCACCACCUCCUCUCCCAUCUUUCUCUUCCUCUGGAGUGCCUCCACCACCACCACCUCUUGGCUUUGGAGGAGCUAACUGGUCUCCACCCCCUCAUACACUGCCUUAUGGAAUGAAGCCAAAGAAGGAAUUCAAACCACAAAUUACAAUGAAGAGACUUAACUGGUCCAAGAUCCGACCUCAUGAAAUGUCCGAAAAUUGCUUUUGGGUAGUGGCAACAGAAGACAGAUUUGAGAGUGCUGAUCUUCUUGCCAAGCUUUCCCUUACUUUUGGAAACCAAAAAAUGGCCAAGAAGGAAGAAGAUGAAGCUGACGAAAAGAAAUCUAUCAGAAAGAGAAUCAAAGAGCUAAAAGUGUUGGAUCCAAAGAUAGCACAGAAUCUGUCAAUUUUCUUGGGUUCUUUCCGGAUGCCUUACCAGGAAAUCAAGAGAAUGAUUUUGGAAAUGGAUGAAGAACAACUAACAGAACCAAUGAUUCAAAAUUUAGUGAAACACCUUCCUGAACAGGAGCAGCUGAAUGCACUGGCCUGCUUUAGAAAUGAAUACUCCAGCCUUUCUGAACCAGAACAGUUUGGAAUUGUGAUGAGUGGUGUGAAGAGGCUGCAGCCCAGGCUUAAUGCCCUUCUCUUUAAGCUGCAGUUUGAAGAGCAAGUGAACAACAUCAAGCCAGAUAUCAUGGCUGUUAAUGCUGCUUGUGAAGAAAUCAAGAAAAGUAAAAGUUUCAGUAGGAUAUUGGAGUUGGUGCUGUUUAUGGGGAACUACCUGAACUCUGGCUCCCGGAAUGCACAGUCCUAUGGUUUUGACCUGAGCUCCCUCUGCAAAUUGAAGGACACUAAAUCAGUAGAUCAAAAAACAACAUUGCUGCAUUUCGUAGCUGAAGUAUGUGAGGAGAAGUUUCCUGAAAUAAUAAGAUUCACUGAUGAUCUACAACAUGUUGAAAAAGCCAGCAGAGUCUCCGCAGAAAACCUGGAAAAGAACCUUAAGCAGAUGGAGAGGCAGCUUCAACAGCUUGAGAAGGAUUUGGAGACCUUUCCCCCUGCAGAGGAAAUGCAUGACAAGUUUGUGACAAAGAUGUCCAGUUUUGCCAAAUAUGCUAAAGAGCAUUACCAGAAGCUGGUGAUCAUGCAUAACAACAUGGGGCUACUUUACCAAAAUCUCGUUCAAUACUUCGUGAUUGAUUCCAAGAAGACAACAAUUGAGGAGUUCUUCACUGACAUCAGCAAUUUCAGGUCCAUGUUUAUGCAAGCAGUCAAGGAGAAUGUUAAGAGGAGGGAAGCGGAGGAGAAGCAGAGACGUGUCAAAAUGGCAAAAGAGAAGGCAGAAAGAGAAAAACUUGAGCGACAGCAGAAGAAAAAACGUUUGCUAGAAAUGAAUGCAGAGAAUGAUGAGACCGGAGUGAUGGAUAGCCUGCUGGAGGCCCUGCAGUCAGGUGCUGCAUUCAGAGACAGAAGAAAACGGGCACCCAGGCCUAAAGAUGUCCGUCAAAGUCUUAGCCCAGGUUCACAGCGGCCCAUUUUGAAGUCUUGUAACCAUGAAAACCUGAAGGCACCUUUGGAAAGGUCACGUUCUCGGCAGAAUAUCAAUUUUAACUCGACAAGAGCACCAGUCGCCAAGGAGCUUAAUUAUGAAACAGAGCCUCAUUCAUCCACCACACGGAGCAAAGUGUCUGGAAAGCAGCGAGAGCCGCACGCGGGUCCGAGCAACCGGGACAAGGAGAGCGAGCUGGCCGGCUGUCCAGCAAAAGGCGAGAGCGACGUGGAGGCACUCCUGGCCAGGCUGCGCGCCUUAUAGACAACGGAACCCAAAACAGAUAAAAGAGCCCAAGCUCUUGCAAUUUUUUAAACACACAGCAUCAUUACACAGUGAUUUCUCUAACAAGCUGAAAUGUUAUAUCACAUACCGACUCACAAUUAACCUUUAUUUGAAGAUCCUUAACCUUUUUCAGCUUCUGACAUUUUGUUCAAUAACAUUUAAAGGCUAGGAGCUGAAGAGAAAUUAAUAGGGUACGUUAUGAUUUGGUGUGCUGUAUUGUUCUCGGGGUCGAGAUGGCACCACAUCACUGCAAGUCUUAUUGCGGUGGUCAGAGUUUUUGUUUUCUUUGCGUCGGUGGGAGUAGAUGCUAAUAACACCUCCAAACUUGAGAGACAUUUGAACACCGGCACAACCUGUUAGCCUGUCAGAUAUUUUCAUCUCUGCUCAGGUAACUUGUUAAGAGUUUAAAAGCAUGUCCUGAAAUUUUAAGUCUUCUUUUAGCCACAGGGACCACCACUUGUAAACCAAGUGUUAAUUUAAAAGUUGGGGGUAUGUUAAGUAUCUUACUGUAGAAAAGCAAAUUGCAAUGUACAAGCAGGAAAAUAGUGGGCUGUUCUCUAAUGGCCUGAUGUCCUUUAAUGGACUUGUAACGUGCUUAAAUGAAUUUUACAGCAGUGUUGAUAUGUGUUUUUUCUUAUUAGUAAGAGUCAUUUAAAUUUUAUAUUGGAGUUUAGUGUAUUUAUUCUGCAAGUAUCCUUUUUGCACAAGCACACUCGCACACCAAAGUAUUGUAGACUAUGCUGAUUGUAUAUACGCCGGCAAUUCCAAAAUGCACAUGUGGUUUCUAUAUACACUCAAAAGACAGGCAUUUACUGUAACUGGUCCUACAAAUUCCCUCUUGGUAAUGUUUUCUGUUCAUUAUUUUUCGCUCUUCUUUUCUGCAAGUAAUCCUGCCACAAUUGUUAGUGCUUCAGCGGAGCUAAAUGUUGCAUGCCAUUAACAUCCAAAGUAACUUUUUUGUUUCAUUAUCUCCAUAUGAUUGAACAUGUAAUUGCGGUAAGCAGAUUCAUCUUGCAAAUUGAAACUUCUCCCCAGCUGGAUUCCAAUAAAUGUAUGUUGCGGUAGGUUGUAGAAUUGGAUUAAACCACACAGAGGGAAUUUUCACAGUUAAUUUUAAUAAUCGUAUAUUCUCUCCGGCACUACAAGUGUAAUAAUCUAUUCACAAAAUGCAAUAAUUAGAAGAAAAUCAGACAAGAGAAGAGGUAAACUGGCACCACCCGCCCUCUCCCCAUUCUUAAAUACGUCCCCACCUCCUCCCUAAUUUCUGUGUCUUAAUUAUUGUCAAUUUUUUGGAUCAAAAAAAUAAACAGACUGCAUGGAAAACAA